AAUCAAAAUUGAAACAAGCAGCAAGCGAUACGGUUGAACGGAUUUCAAAGCGGACAACGUCAACGUGAAAAGAAUUUCAUAAGCAAAAGUUAAUAUAGCACAAAUUGCCAUACCAAAAAACAAGAAACAAUCAAAAGCUAAUCAAAUUGACUAAAGCUAAAUAACAUUAGCAAAAACAAGAAAAACAAAGACAAAGCAGUGCUAAGUCAAGAAAAAGUGUGCGUUACGCAAACACAAAAAGUGCAAAGAGAAGCUUCAAAAAUAGCUCAAGCUCAAGCUCAAGUGACAAAAUCAGAAGAGAUUAACAAAUCCAAUAUGGUCGUUGACGAAUCAGCCAACAUGCAUCACUAUCACAACAACAACAGCCUGGAGCUGACCGAGUGCGCCAUGCCCAUUGGACGUACCGUUAAAACGGCUCUGCUGCGUGCCCAAUCGGAGGCUCGCGUGAUUGUCGGCCUCUCGGCUGCGAUCAAUACCCUUUCGAAAUCACCAGAGGGUUCAUUGUUUUGCCUGAUGGCCGUGCCCAAGGACGGCGAUUCGGCCACGCAUAUGCACGAGGUGCUGCUGGAGGCGUUCUGCUAUGAAAAUGAUAUCUAUGUCAUUAAAGUGGACGAUGCCACCAAGCUGAGCCGGAUUCUGGGCCAGGAAAGCAUCGAGUCAUGCUGCCUGAUACAAAAAACCUGGGCAGGCGAACAGAACGAGGAGCAGCUGAACAAGGCAGAAAAUCAACUGGUCGACUUCUGUGAAGCACAUUGGGAUGCCCCACAACAUCCCAUUGUCCAGCUGCCCGCGGUGUAAGCACUUACGGAGAGAUGGCAGAAGCUACAAGUUGAACAGCCCGUCACAGUAGGGCAAAACAUGGGUUUAAAUCAAACAAACAACCAGUUAAGACAAGGUUAAUGUACCCGAACGUUUGGAGAGUUCUGAGGAAACCGACGUUGGGACAUAUUCCAAUUACAUAUAAUACAUCAUAUAUAUAUGCAUAUGUAUAAGUGUAUAUAAAAGGAGGAGGAGGAGGAUGAAGAGAAGGAGGUGGAGCAGCGAAAGCUAAAGUAACUGCAAAACGUUGGACAAUUAUAUAUUAUGCUAGAGAGUCAGAGAGAGA